AUGGAGCACCUCAACCCCCAUGGAAACUUCUCUGUCUCUGGUAGCAUAGCCGAUGCAAAGAUCCUCUCCCGGAGCGGCUACACCACACUGGCCGUUAUCAUGGGCGUCUUCUCUAUUUUGGGGAUCGUUCUCAACAUUCUGGUGAUUGUGGUGACAGUGAGACACAAACAGCUGAGGCAGCCACUCAGCUACGCUCUGGUCAGCCUAGCUGUAUGUGACCUGGGCUGUGCUGUGUUUGGAGGUUUGCCCACUACAGUGACCACCGCCAUGGGAUAUUUCAGCUUUGGACGACUGGGAUGCAUUUUGGAAGGCUUUGCUGUGGCCUUUUUUGGUAUAGCAAGCCUGUGUACGAUCGGAGUCAUUUCUGUGGAGCGCUACAUAGUGGUGUGCUAUCCGAUGGGUGCCGCCCUCUUCCAGACCAGGCAUGCAAUCGCGGGCGUGGUGUUGUCUUGGGUAUGGUCCUUUGUGUGGAAUACUCCACCUUUGUUCGGUUGGGGCAGUUUUGAGCUGGAGGGCAUCAAAACCUCCUGCGCACCCAACUGGUACAGCCGGGACGCAGGCAAUAUUUCCUAUAUAGUCAUUUACUUUUUACUUUGCUUUGCUCUGCCCUUUUCCAUCAUUGCGGUGUCUUACCUGCGGCUGUUGUGGACCCUCCGGCAGGUGACCAAGCGGCAGGUGUCCGAAGCUGGCAGCACACACCGUAUGGAAGUGCAAGUGGCACGUAUGGUUGUCGCCAUGGUGCUUGCUUUCCUGGUGACUUGGCUGCCCUAUGCCAGCAUGGCCCUGGCUGUCGUCAUCAAUCCCACGCUCAAAAUCGAUCCUCUAAUUGCUACCAUACCAGUCUACUUUGCAAAAAGCAGCACUGUUUAUAACCCCAUCAUUUACGUUUUCAUGAACAGACAGUUUCGAACGUAUGCUGUUCCAACAAUCCUGUGUGGAUGGAACCCCUGUGCCUCGGAGGCACAAAUAUCCGAGGUCGAGGCAACAGUUACUUGUGCUCACAAAAACCAAAUGGAUCCCUGAAAGAAUUAUACGCUCACCAGACGUAUCAUUACGUACACCAGGGCAACAUAUUGAGCUCCAGUUUAGAGCUUUUCCAAAUCAUAACAAUGUACUGAUUGUGUUUCCUCUGUAACAAGGGUAAUAUUAUUUGCAGUGAUGUACAACUGCAUUGGUUUUGGCCAGUAAAAAUUGGCUGCAGAGUAAAAUCCUGUGGAUGUAAAAGUCUACACACCCCUGGUUAAAUGGCAGGUUUUUGUGACAUUAAAAAAAGGAUAUGAAGAUAAAUCCUAUCAAAAUCUACCAAACAAGUGGAAGAAUAUUUUAAGGUCCGUUAUCAGUCAUGCUUUGAAAUUAUUUAUUUAUUUUUACUACGACACGUAUUUGGCAUAUGGGACAGGGGUGUGUACACUGUAUAUCACAGUAUAUAACUAAAAACAGGAAAUUCUGGUCCACCAUCCGGCGUCUCAGGAGGGGGAAGCCGUGCACCGUCGACACUGUUUACAGUGGAGAUGGCGUGCUGCUGACCUCGACUGGACGUCGUGAGUCGAUGGGGAGAAUACUUUGUUAGACCUCCUCAAUUCCACCAACACGCCUUUCAUUGUGGAAGCAGGGCAAUCACAAGCAAUCACAUCACACCCAUCUUCCGUUCUCUGCACUGGCUCCCCAUCAAAUUCCGGAUUGAUUAUAAGAUCGCCCUCCUCACUCACCAUUGUAUCCUCGGACAUGCUCCCCCAUACCUCAAAGAACUCCUUGCCCCAAAACCUGCCACCCGAAGCCUCCGCUCAUCCAAUUCACACCUUCUCCACGAAAACCAAGCUGCGCACCAUGGGCGACCGGGCCUUCUGCCAUACAGCCCCUACACUGUGGAACUCCCUCCCCGACCACCUAAGAGCACCUCAAUCCACUGACUCUUUCAAAACUGGACCUAAAACUCACCUCUUUACCUUAGCAUUUCCGUAAUUUCUCUCAUAUCUUAAGAGGUUGUCGUCCAGUUGUUUUAAAAUUGUCCUUGUUUUGUUUUCUUGUUUUUUUAUCUGCCAUGUAGCACUUUGAGAUUCCCCCGAGUGUAAAGUGCGUUAUAAAUAUAAUUCAUUAUUAUUAUUAUUAUUAUAGGGCCUGGAGACUCUGAGGUGGACUCUCCAAUCUCUGGGGUCGAAGUCACUGAGGUAGUUCAAAAAACUCCUCGGGGGCAAGGCCCCAGGGCUGGAUAAGAUCCGCCCAGAGUUUUUAAAGGCUCUGGAUGUUGUUGGGCUGUCAUGGCUGAAACGCCUCUACAGCAUUGCGUGGACAUCGGGGACGGUGCCUCUGGAUUGGCAGAUGGGGUGGUGGUUCCCCUCUUUAAGAAGGGGGACCGGAGGGUGUGUUCCAACUACAGAGGAAUCAUACUCCUCAGCCUCCCUGGUAAGGUCUAUUCAGGGCUGCUAGAGAGGAGGGUCCGUCGGGCGGUCGAAUCUCAGCACCUCCAAAUCUGAGUCCAUGGUCCUCAGUCGGAAAAGGGUGGAAUGCCCUCUCCGGAUCGGGGAUGGGAUCCUGCCCCAAGUGAAGGAGUUCAAGUAUCUUGGGUUCUUGUUCACGAGCGAGGGCAGGAUGGAACGUGAGAUCGACAGGCGGAUCGGUGCAGCGUCGGCUGUAAUACGGACUCUAUACCGGUCCGUCGUGGUGAAGCGAGAGCUGAGCCAAAAGGCAAAGCUCUCAAUUUACCGGUUGAUCUACGCUCCUACCCUCACCUAUGGUUACAAGCUAUGGGUCGUGACUGAAAGAACAAGAUCCCGGAUACAAGCGGACGAAAAGAGUUUCCUCCGCAGGGUGUCCAGGCUCUCACUUAGCGAUAGGGUGAGAAGCUCGGUCAUCCGGGAGAGACUCUGAGUAGACCCACGUUGAGAGGAGCCAGAUGAGGUGGCUCGGGCAUCUCACCAGGAUGCCUCCCUGUUCCGGGCAUGUCCCACCGGCAGGAGGCCCUGUGGACGAUCCAGGACGCGCUGGAGAAACUGGAACGCCUUGAGCUGGACGAAGUGGCUGGGGAGAGAGAAGUCUGGGAGUCCCUCCUAAAGCUGCUGCCCCCGCAACCCGACCCCGGAUAAGCGAAAGAAGAUAGAUGGAUGGAACUAA